CACAUUGUUUUGGAGCCCUUUGUCUUAAAUGACGUUGGUACCUUUUCUUCAUACAUAUAAUUAGGUGAUACUAACAAACAAUAAGACAGGGGAGUUUGCUCGUGGGCUCUAAAAUAUACCGUAGAUAUUCUUUCUUCCGUUUGGUACUAUUGCUACUCGUUUAGCGGAUAGACACAUUUCUGAAAGUUGGCUCGUUGAAGAUGUCAAGUCGGCGUCUAACGAAACAGAGCCUAAACGGCCAAGCAGAAAUCAGCAAAUCCGUACUGCGGGAUGCAGAAAAACCAGCAAAUGAUCAUUCGGUAGGAAGUUAUCUUCUCGAAUGGAAUGAGCUUCGUAUGUUUCUCCAAUAGACCCAGGUCUUUACGGUACAACCACUAACAGCAUACUAAAAGAAAAUUGGCAGCAGUUAGUUCUCUUCCUUGAUAUGGAAACUGAACUAGCUUACACUUUUGAUACUCUAGAGACAACGAAUAUAUCCUGUCAGGAUAUCGGUAGGUAUUUAUCAUAAACUAUGAAAGUAUACAUGAUAUGACUAACACAAUACAGACCAGCCUCAAAUUCUUUCCUCAUAUCUCUCCAUAGUUUAGGCCAUAUACAUAAUGAGACGAGUAAGUAAUCCCAUCUCUCAUGCAAGUGUUGAAAAGAACGACUAAUAGAAAAUUAUCCAUCUAGUCAACAUAUAUUCCCACCUCUUCGGCUCGCUUCUUUUCGCCACACUCCCCUUUAUACUCUAUCGACAAAUAGCACCUCGCUAUGCCACCGCCACAUUAGCGGAUAUAAUAGUAUUUUCUACAUUUUUCUUCGGGGUAGCAAUAUGUUUUCUUCUCUCAGCUACGUAUGUAAUCCCAAUACCUUCUCCAAUAUCUUCCCCCUAAUAUCUUCCCCUCCAAACUAAUCACUCGCAAUUAACGCCACCACCCAAAGUUUUCACAUCCUCGCAAACCACAGCCCAAGAAUAAACGCCCUAGGAAACCAACUCGACUACCUCGGCGUCGUAAUCCUGAUGUGGGGCUCCACAAUCCCCACCGUCUACUACGGCUUCUACUGCGACGAAUCGAUCCAAAAAACCUAUUGGAGCAUGGUACGUCUCUUCUCCCCCCUCAAAAGAAACCCCCAAAAUCAACCUCUAAAUUUAACACAAAUAAACAAAAUAGAUAUCAAUCCUAGCAAGCGCAUGCGCAAUCACAACACUGCAUCCCAAAUUUCGUAAUCCGGCUUUGAGACCUUAUAGAGCGGUUAUGUAUAGUUGUUUGGGACUUUCUUCGGUCGUUUUUAUUGCGCAUGGGGUUUUUUUGUAUGGGUAUGAGAUUCAGAGGUGUAGGAUGAGUUUGGAUUGGAUGGGGGUGAUGGCGGGGUUGAAUUUGUUGGGGGCGUUUACUUAUGCUGUGAGGGUGAGUGGUUUUGUUUCUUUCUUUCUUUUUUCGGUGAGGAAGGAAGGGGCGCGCGGAAAGGGGAAAAGGGUAGAAGGGGUGAUAUACCACAAUUCUAUCAUCAAUCAAAGCCAACAGCCUAGCCUAAUCAAACACCCACAGAUCCCCGAAAAAUGGUUUCCGCGACGCCACGACAUCAUAGGUUCCAGUCACCAAGUCCUGCAUUUUAUGGUUAUUUUCGCGGGGUUAGCUCAUAUGGCCGGGUUAUUGAGAGCCUUUGAUCAUAUACAUUCUGAAGAGUUUCGCUGUACUUGAGGAUUUUGUGGAUUUUGUAUUGGGGAUUUAGAUGGGAUGGGUUUGGGGAUAGAGAUUUAGAAUCUAGAGAAUUAGAUGUUUAGAUGCUUAGAUGUACUUGUUGAGAUUGCUGGUGGUAUUUGGUUGUGUGUAUAGGAGCUAGGACUACCUAGACCUGAUACCAAUGGAAGGGAUAAAGACUAGAGCUGAAUGCGUCAAGACCUUGGAUUGUUUGGAACCAAAUUGAGUAGCGCAACUUGUUAGAUCAUAGGCAAAAUCCGCAUCAUCCGACAUCCCAAGCGAAUGAAACUUAUUUGCGAUAGUCGGUAUAGCAGCAAUGGCGUUUGUUUU